AUGGCUACGUUCGGAGACCUGCCUGUAGAGAUUCAUCAGUUGAUCGCAAACUGCUGCGGUGACAUUGGACAUGGUGUACUGGUCAAAUUUUCCUUACUGAAUCGAUCCUUCCAAUCGCUUGCGCUGCCCGUCUUGACAAGUUCAGUAAAACUUGACCAUCUGAAGAAUGACGAUCGGAAACUGCAACUUUUCAUACACCGCUUUGCGCCUCUCUAUCGAACCAAGCUCACUUGCCUCUCGCUCGUUCUGGGCCGGUCCCAGAUCCCUGCGCCAUAUUCCCUCGACGACGGUCUCGAUGAAAUCUAUGCAGACAUCCUUUCCCUUUUGCCGUUUUUGCAAAAUUUAAACGUGACCAUUAGCUCUGGAUCUGCGAAGGAGGCGCUCGAGGAGAGCGACUUCCCGCUGACUUUGAAAGCUGUGCAAAGGCUGAAGCACCUCAAAGCGCUUACCAUCUGCCAAGAUCAAGAUGACCCUUCGGCGGCUUCCUCGUCAUUUGUCGCGCACUUGCUUUUCGAUUGCUUGCCGCGGUUAAAAUGUCUACAAACGCUGAAACUGGACCGAAUGACCAUCGUCCUACCAUCUAAUCUUCCUGCACAAUCUGCCCAACUGAACCACUUGAGCCACCUGCGCCUGCGAUCCAUAAGAAUCAUCCACAAACCGUCGACCCAUUUACGACGGGAUUCAUUUACUGAAUUCAUCAAUUUCUUCUCCCAAAAUCUCGAAUCAAUAAAUCUCAGAGAUAUCACGUUUGAUUUACCAUCCCAAAUUCACCAAGUCUUCGCGCCGCGCCUCUGCAACCUGGUUCUUUCAUUCAAAUCCAGUCAGCCCCGGGAUCUGGCCUGUAAGACGAUUGAACGUGACUAUCUUGAACAACUCUACCGCUAUGUUCUCGAGAACUUCUCCGGGAGUUCUAGUUUAGAAUCUAUCAAUAUUCACGAACCAAUUGGUCUGGAUCAAUAUAAAAUUCUCAAGAGCCGUGGCGGAUUCCGGGACGUUUUUCAAACAAAUCAAUAA